CCCUCUUCUCUCCCUCGCGUUCAGUCACUCUCGGAUCUCCUCACCCGCAAGACGGUCGCGCAAGCGUGGGAUCAACCGCUUUCACUUGGACUGAACCUGGGAAAGAUUUUCUUCAACCCCGCGUCUGCGUUGCUUCUUCCACCGGAGCGUUCUCUGCGUAAAGGCUGGGCGGAUAUUCCGGCUGCUUCCGAGGCGCGAUUGUGCGCAGGAUGGAGUGAAGCACUGCUCCUCAGCUUUCUGGUUAUUUCGCUGAAGAGUGGGGGGAAGGACAAGUUUUUUGGAUGAAGACUUGUCUCCGCAUGACUCAGAUGUUGAAUGAGGAGCAGAAGGAUACGUGUUAAUGCGCAUUUUGGACUUGCUUUGACCGUUGGAUUUCAUCUUGCUCUGCCGACGCGAUCCUUAAAAAAGUCUUCCCUCUUUGCGCCUUCCAGAGUGGCGGAAUGGCAUAAGGGUGUGAGGAACUGCAAGGACUGCGGUGUUACGGCUGUUCUCGGUGUCUGUUUUGGACAUGUGAGUCCAGCGGAGACGAGUGCGCACCAGCAGAGUCGCAGCCCAGUCCUCCUCCGGGGAUCCGGGAUCUGCACCGCAACAUCCUCGCCUUCUUCCACACAGAAAUGCCUCCGUGUGCGCCGACUCCACACCGUGUCCGUGGAUAUUGAUUCUCCAUGGUGGACUCAGAGAAAGACCCUCGCCUGGUCCGUUCAGUGACAGCUGGACACACCUUAUUUUAAUGCCAGUCAAGAGCUCGGCUGCGCCGCCAUGACGAGCGAGGAGUGUCCUGUGCCGCUGAGGAGAGCUCCCUCAGCAGGGCCAGAGGACUACGGCUCGGCACAGGUCGACGACAUCAUCGAGGAAGUGGGUCCUGGUUCAGGUGACGACGUCAGCAUCGGAAGCGACCUGAGCGCCCUCGUGCUGCCCUUCCCAGAGCUGGCCCCUGUGGUCUUCUUUUGCCUGAAGCAGACCACCUGCCCUCGCAACUGGUGCAUCCGUAUGGUCUCCAGCCCGUGGUUUGAGAGGAUCAGCAUCAUGGUGAUCCUGCUCAACUGCGUGACACUGGGGAUGUACCAGCCCUGCGAAAACAUCGACUGCACCUCGGACCGCUGCCAGAUCCUGCAGGCCUUCGAUGCAUUCAUCUACAUCUUCUUUGCAUUGGAGAUGGUGGUGAAGAUGGUGGCCCUUGGAAUCUUUGGCCGCCGAUGCUACCUGGGAGACACCUGGAACAGACUGGACUUCUUCAUAGUCAUGGCAGGGAUGGUGGAGUACUCACUGGACCUGCAGAACAUCAACCUGUCAGCCAUAAGAACAGUGCGGGUCCUGCGGCCCCUCAAAGCCAUCAACAGAGUCCCGAGCAUGCGCAUCCUUGUGAACCUGCUGCUGGACACGCUGCCCAUGUUGGGGAACGUGCUGCUCUUGUGUUUCUUUGUUUUCUUCAUUUUCGGGAUCAUUGGCGUUCAACUGUGGGCGGGGCUCUUAAGAAACCGCUGCUACCCCGAGGUGAACUUCACACUCUCCACGGGCAUGACCCUGCCAACACCGUACUACCAGCCCGAAGAGGAUGAUGAGCGACCCUUCAUCUGCUCCCUGGCAACCGAAAAUGGAAUCAUGUCAUGUACUGACGUGCCGGCGCGGCGGGAAAAUGGCCACACAUGCACCUUGGACAAAGAGGAUGUCCUGUACAGACAAGCCCUGGGUCUGAGUCCCGAGCCCUUUUCCAACGGGAGCGGCGCCGGUGAGGCAAUGGGUCUGUGCCUCAACUGGAACCAGUAUUACACCCGCUGCCACACAGGCAACAGCAACCCUCAUAAAGGGGCCAUUAAUUUUGAUAACAUCGUGUACGCCUGGAUUGUCAUUUUCCAGGUGAUCACGCUGGAGGGCUGGGUGGAAAUCAUGUACUACGUCAUGGAUGCCCACUCCUUCUACAACUUCAUAUACUUCAUCUUACUCAUCAUUAUUGGAUCCUUCUUCAUGAUCAAUCUGUGCCUGGUGGUCAUCGCCACCCAGUUUUCGGAGACCAAACAGCGGGAGCACCAGUUGAUGCAAGAGCAGAGGGCGCAGUGCCUGUCCUCCUCCACUCUGGCCAGCAUGGCCGAGCCGGGAGAUUGCUACGAGGAGAUCUUCCAGUUGGUGUGCCACGUUCUCCGCAAGGCAAAGAGGAGAUCCGCCGCACUCUACUACACCCUCAGAGGAAAACCCCCUCCCCCUGGUGGAGGGAGGGGGAACAGGCGAGGGAAUCAAAACGGCGAGCGCCAUCACUCUAGGCACCCAAAAGCUUUCCACUGUCCACACCAAACCAAGCAGGACCCCGAGUCCCAGCCAGCGGGGAACUCCCUCAGCCUGGCUGUUCCUAAAUCUCCAGAAGAAUGUCCUAUAUGCGCGUUAGCGCUGAAAGAGAGCACCGGGGAGGCGAACGCCGAGGACGAUGAUGCAGAGAUCGUGAAGGAGAAGGAGGAGAACCACCUGGAAGACCAGGGGGACAUUGUGAAGAAGAAGAAGAAGAAGAAGUCGUGCUUUAGACGCUGUAUGGACGCUUGGAAUGGUGUGAGGAAGAAACUCUGGGGCAUCGUGGAGAGCAAAUACUUCAGCCGGGGAAUUAUGAUCGCUAUUCUCAUCAACACCAUCAGUAUGGGCAUCGAGCACCACAAUCAGCCCGAGGAGCUGACCAACGUCUUGGAAAUCUGCAACAUCGUCUUCACCAGCAUGUUCACCCUGGAGAUGAUCCUGAAACUGACAGCAUUUGGUUUCUUUGAGUACCUGAGGAACCCCUACAACAUCUUUGAUGGCAUCAUCGUCAUCAUCAGCGUGUGUGAGAUCAUCGGUCAAGCCGACGGCGGUCUCUCUGUGCUGCGGACCUUCAGGCUGCUGCGGGUCAUCAAGCUGGUGAGAUUCAUGCCGGCUCUCAGAAGACAGCUCGUGGUGCUGAUGAAGACCAUGGACAACGUUGCCACCUUCUGUAUGCUGCUCAUGCUCUUCAUUUUCAUCUUCAGCAUCCUCGGGAUGCACAUCUUUGGCUGCAAGUUCAGCCUGAAGACGGAAGCAGGAGACACGGUGCCCGACAGGAAGAACUUUGACUCCCUGCUGUGGGCCAUCGUCACGGUCUUUCAGAUUCUGACUCAGGAGGACUGGAACAUGGUGUUGUACAACGGCAUGGCCUCCACCUCUCCCUGCGCUGCCCUCUACUUUGUUGCACUUAUGACAUUUGGCAAUUAUGUUCUUUUCAACCUGCUGGUCGCCAUCUUGGUUGAGGGAUUCCAAGCAGAGGGGGAUGCCAACCGCUCUUACUCUGAUGACGACAGAUCCUCCUGCAAUUUUGAGGAGAAUGAGAAACAGAUUGAGACGCACCAUCUAUCAGAUCCAAAGAUCUGCACACUUACCCCAAACGGGCACCUGGACUUGUCCCCGCUGCCAGCUGGCCUGUUUCCAGGAGACAAGCUGACUUUUGCUCUCGGAUCCAGAAAGAACAGUGUCAUUUCGCUUGGCAGGGCCAACCUGGAGCAGAGGACUGUGUAUUCAGGCAGGAGUUACCACAACUGGGGUCGCCCCCUGCCCCCCCACCCGCAGGCCUUGUGGGCCCGUCGCUCCAGCUGGAACAGUCUUGUGGGGGUCCGCCCUUGUUCCUCCUCCUCUCCCUCAAGAAGCCCAGUCCUCACGCCCCCCUGUGCCAGGCGGUUUUACGGCUACGGCCUAGGGGGCCUCAGCGGUGUUGUCGGCGGAAGCCUGCGCAUACGUGGCCCUCGUGCUUCCUCAUCCCCACAUCGCCACCUCUACCAGGUGGACCCAGAUGAAGAGGAAUCCCUUCUUUCUCCUCCUCCCCUUGUUGCUUGCCAUGCUCUUCAUCCUCCAGAAAACACUCAAUCGGAACAAUGUGCACCCAGGAGAGACCGUAGAGCUCUAUCUCUAGAGCUGCCCCACCUGCUGCAGGUCCCGGGUGCCUCGCACACUCCGCCGCUGGCCCACUACCCACUUCCCCCCAUAGCACUCCACUCGCACAGCAGAAAGAGCAGCUUCUCAGGGGGGCUGGUAAUAACUGGCGGUGGUAAGAUUGAUAGUUUUGGCGCUUUUAAAGGGGUCCACCAGGACUGUAACGGUAAGACCCCCUUGUCGCAACUUCUUCAGCCCCCUCCUAUGCAACAGACUGAACAAGCUAGUGGGACCAACAACCAGCGGCAGUUCAGGGCUGAUGUUUUCCCUCAAGUUAACGCCCGCAGCAAAGAUCGAGAGGAUCUGGACGACGAUAUUGACUAUAGCUUAUGCUUCAGAGUCCAGAAGAUGUUAGAAGCACACAAGCCCGACUGGUGUGAAACCAGAGAGGACUGGUCCAUUUUCCUUUUCUCCCCACAGAACAAGUUCAGACAGAUGUGCCAAUCCAUUAUAGCUCACAAGCUGUUUGACUACGUGGUGCUGGUCUUCAUCUUCUCCAACUGCAUCACCGUGGCCCUGGAAAGACCCAAGAUACAUCAGGGGAGUUUGGAAAGAAUAUUUCUCACCAUAUCCAAUUACAUCUUUACUGCCAUCUUUGUGGGGGAGAUGACCCUCAAGGUGGUUUCUAUGGGGCUGUAUAUGGGUGAACAGGCAUAUUUGCGCAGCAGCUGGAACAUUCUGGAUGGCUUCCUGGUUUUUGUGUCUUUGAUUGACAUUGUCGUGUCAAUGGCGGGCGGGGCAAAAAUCCUUGGGGUCCUAAGAGUCCUGCGGCUGCUCAGAACACUGCGUCCACUCAGGGUGAUCAGCAGAGCACCGGGGCUGAAGCUGGUGGUGGAGACUCUCAUCACGUCACUCAAACCCAUCGGCAACAUCGUCCUCAUAUGCUGUGCCUUCUUCAUCAUUUUCGGCAUUCUUGGGGUUCAGCUGUUCAAAGGGAAGUUCUUCUACUGCUUUGGCCUUGACAUUAAAAACAUCACCAAUAAGUCUGACUGUCUGCAAGCCAACUACAAGUGGGUUCACCACAAGUACAACUUUGACAACUUGGGACAGGCUCUGAUGUCGCUGUUUGUUCUGGCCUCGAAAGAUGGCUGGGUCAAUAUCAUGUAUCAUGGCCUGGAUGCUGUGGGAGUGGACCAACAGCCUGUGACCAACAACAACCCCUGGAUGCUGCUCUACUUCAUCUCCUUCCUCCUCAUUGUCAGCUUCUUCGUCCUCAACAUGUUUGUUGGGGUGGUGGUGGAGAACUUUCACAAGUGCCGGCAGCACCAGGAGGUGGAGGAGGCCAAGAGGCGCGAGGAGAAACGCCAGCGACGGAUGGAGAAGAAGAGGAGAAAAGCACAAAAGCUCCCAUACUAUGCGAGUUACAGCCAUGUGAGACUGAUGAUCCACACUCUGUGCACAAACCACUACCUGGACCUCAUCAUCACCUUCAUCAUCUGCAUCAACGUGAUCACCAUGUCUCUGGAGCACUACAACCAACCUCGUUCUCUGGAUCUCGCCCUGAAAUACUGCAACUAUUUCUUCACCUCCACGUUUGUCUUGGAAUCAAUACUCAAGCUCAUCGCAUUUGGCUUCCGACGCUUCUUCAAAGACAGGUGGAACCAGCUGGACUUGGCCAUCGUGCUUCUCUCCGUGAUGGGCAUCACCCUGGAGGAGAUUGAGAUCAGUGCUGCCUUGCCCAUUAACCCCACCAUCAUCCGGAUCAUGAGAGUGCUGAGGAUAGCUCGAGUGCUUAAGCUGCUGAAGAUGGCGACAGGAAUGCGAGCGCUGCUGGAUACGGUGGUUCAAGCCCUGCCUCAGGUGGGUAACCUGGGUCUGCUCUUCAUGCUGCUGUUUUUCAUCUACGCCGCCUUAGGAGUGGAGCUUUUUGGAGAACUUGUUUGUAACGCUGACUACCCUUGUGAGGGGAUGAGUCGUCACGCCACUUUUGAAAACUUUGGCAUGGCCUUUCUGACCUUGUUUCAAGUCUCCACGGGCGACAACUGGAAUGGCAUAAUGAAGGACACAUUGCGGGAGUGCCCACCAGAUCACGGCACUGACAUCGACUACGCCUGCAAUCCCAGCCUUCAGUUUAUCUCGCCCAUGUACUUUGUCUCCUUCGUGCUCACCGCCCAGUUUGUGCUCAUCAACGUGGUCGUGGCCGUGCUGAUGAAGCACCUGGACGACUCCAACAAGGAGGCCCAAGAGGAGGCGGAGAUGGAUGCAGAGAUUGAGCUGGAGUUGGCCCAGGGCACCCUCUGUUGCAUGGGCGCCCCCGGUUGUGGGGGUGCUGGGACUGAGAAAGCGCUAGCAAACGCCACACAAGGAGGACCUCCCACGGCAGUAGCAAGGGAGCGAGGAGAAGGAGUUCGGAAGAUGCGACUCUCGACGGCCACCACGCACUCUGGGAUAUACACCUCUCAAGACUCUGGCAGGCCGCUGUACUCACCAGCACAACGUAACACCUUUGUGUGCACUAAUGCAUUUCUAUUAACCUUCAACUGGUGUUUGCAUUUCCCUGCGUGUUCCUUCUCCUUCGCAUGUCGGCAUGUGCACACGUUUGCUCCUGCGUGCAAUACUGGUCUGCCGGCCUGCUUCCCGUGUGUGUGUGUGUGUGUGUGUGUGUGUGUGUCCCGUGUGUUUGUGUAUGUGUUCCAGGAGAGCCAGUGGCUGGACAGUGUAUCCCUCCUCAUCAAGGAUACGUUAGAGGGGGAGAUGUUGAUGAUCGACAACCUCUCUGGUUCUGUCUUCCACCACUACUCCUCCCCGACACUUAUCUGCAAAGACUGCAGGGGUCAUCCGCAAGAGCAGAUCAGGAUGGCGGAGAUCGAGCAGGCGUCGCUGAAGUCCGAGCCACUCUCCGACAAAUCGUCUUCGCCCGCCUUACCGGACGACCUGAGUCUGGACGAGCACACUGUCUUCCAGCUGUUUGUGCAGGAGAGCAAGGGGAGGUGCCGGACUGAGUCCCACAGCUCAGAUGAGGCUGGAAAUGGUGGGGCUCCCACAGGAACUCAUCAGACCCAGACGCUGGUGCAAAGUUCGCUGCAUGGGUUCAGUCAAGUCUGCAGGGCUCGAGGUGAUGAGUUGGAGAGCCCGGUGCAGGAGAUCGAGAUGCAAGCCGACGUAGUUCACCACAGCCCUGCGCCCGACCCUUGUCUCCCAGGUGGGGUUUCCACUGGCAGCAACAAGGAGAGCAACAAAGACGAGGGAGGAGCCAGCGGCAGGUCUCCUCUCCUCCAUUUGCCUGCGGAGUUCUUCCAUCCCGCAGGAGCUGCCAUCCCAGCACCACCUCGCAGCAGAAGCCUCAGGUUGACCAGAGGCCUGAGACUGACCUCGCCCGCCUCCUGGGCCUCCCUGCGCUCGCCAGGAGCCCGCAGCAAGAAGCUGUGCACACAGUAUCCGUCCCACAGUGACUCGUCUCUGGCCACCGGGAGCUCAGAGGGCAGCCUUCAGACCACCCUGGAAGAGGGGCUGAGUUUCAGCAUCUCUCCACCACAGAACAUACCGAGCGCCCCACUGGUGUGUCCUCACCCCCCGCCUGCCGACAGCACCAUCAUCCCAUCCCCAGUGCAAACCCUCAGACCAAGACCCAACCCGUCAUCGGCGCUGACCCUCCAGGCGACGAAGGGGCACCAGCGGAGCCAAAGCAGUGGACGAGGGAGCACCAGCCCUGGAUAUACCCGAGACGACUCCAUCGACCCGUCGGAUGAAGAUUUGGGUAUCGUCAUCGGGUCUUCCAUUGGCGGUUGUGGCUCCAGCCAGGCAGGAAACAGUGAACACUUGUCCGAGGCGUUGAGCAGCUUGUCGCUGACCUCCCUGCUGCUGCCCAGCGCUCAGGUUUACAGCGGGGGGGCGGUGAAGAAGUGCAACAGUACUGGCAGUUUGGAACAAGGAGGAAUGCUGCUGUCGUCGCGCGGAAGGGAAAGCCGCAGGGAGAUUUUGGGGAUGGACCCUCAAGGGUUUUUAGCCAACCCCUGGACCGGGGUGUUGUUUGAGAAAGGACGGGACGAUAAAGGAGAUGGAGAGCAGGGGCUGAAAGCCAGAAGCUCCAGUCAAGCGACGUUAGGUCCAUGUCGGGAGAACAGAUGAAAUCCACUUGUCUUUUGAUACCUUGGAUCCAGCCCAUCUCUGUGCCUCAGACUUUUUUGUUUCUCAACAGGAAGGAUGAUUGGCGGCACGAGAUCUCCUAAAUUUGCCCCGUCGACCUUUCGUGACGAGCCCUUGUGCUCUUUUGCGCCACCUGGAGGAGCUUUGUGUCUUCACUCCACCUCCUCCUCGGGAGCGCCGGGACUCUUAAGGAGACGGGGAACAUUAAAAGGGAUUUAGAACUGCUUGCUGUCCAAGACUAUUUUCAAUAGCUCAUGUGCGAAGAGCAACACUGGCAGGACUCGCAAGAUGACAUCAAGGCGGAAGAGGUAGAGGAGCGUCAGGUCGUUUGUUUGGCUGCAAAGGCAAAAAGCGGAUCUAAUGUCCAUCUGUUCCGGCAGACGGAAACAACAGGUCACUCUGGCGCUGCAGCGUGUGUUGAGAUCAGAGUAAAACUGGAGGUGGAGGAGAGUUCAGGAAUGCAUGGCGUGUGCAGCCUCAGGAAUUCAAGGCAUGAAUUGUUUGAUGUUCUUACAGAGGCAACAACAAGAGACCCAUUUUUGCCUGCGGAUUAAGAAGAUAUUGACAGAAACUGUGCUGUACCUGCAUGGAGUGAUGAUUUUUUUUCAGAUAUUUUUUCCUCACUGGGUCAGAACUGAUGCCAUCUGAACGCCAAAUACGGUUCACAGAGAGUCUUCAAGCACACUUUUUGUUUCCUCGGAUGAAUGGACGACGGCUCUGCAUGAUAGAAUUGCAUUUAACCCAGACUUUUUCUAAAUCAAUACACGUGUAUCAAGAUGUCAUCGUAGGGGGGUAACCAUGUGAUUUCUAUUUGACUAUUUUUGUAGAGAGGAGACUAGGCACCUGCAAGUGUUUUCUUUUAACCCAUCGAGUCUCUUUGACUUGCUGUGUAUGUAGGACCUUUUGUCUGCCGGUGGCUUCCAAUUUUAUAAUCUUUUUAAGACGGUGUACAAAACCAACAAGCAAAAAAAAUGUCACGCCCCGCCCCCGCGCCCCUGUCCUCUGUAGAAACGCCCCCCUUAUUCUUGUUUGUUGUGUUUUUCUUCCAGCCAGAUGUGCGAGGGCCAGGUGUUGACUAGAGAUGAGAACAGCCAUAGUCACGAUUCAGCAUUCUAGCUCACAGACUUGGGUUGCCCUGACGAUGCUAGCAAGAGCUUCUCGUGUAAAUCGUCACUCUGAAAGCUUUAAUUCGAGAAAGGUGUUAAAGCAUUUGGACGUCUCAACGCGGUCGCCGUCUCACUCAUGUAGCACAUUUAUUUAUUACCAAAAGCUGAAAUGGACUUUCCAAACGGUUUACAGCGGCUCCGGCUCCUGUCACGCGAUCAACCGCCCCCUAUGCUAAUUUCUCAGCCUGUUUCUGAAUCAAAGACUGUUGCACCCCUGCUGUUUUCAUCCUUGCCUUACGUCCUGGUUUCCCCAGAGGAGAGGCGGCGGGAAUGUGGGGCGAGCUAAGAGUCAUGUCGACGUCCUGCGUUUAUCAUAAGUGUCGGCUAGUACGAGGUGGGAAGAGUUGGGUGUGCGCUGUGUGCAUGUGUGUGUUUAAUUCCGAGCAAGCGUUUGCCUUUUCCUCAAUUGCCCCAUCUGUGUGGACACGUGGAAGGGUUGAAGAGGGAAAACAAAACAACCAAGGGCUGUUUAAGGUCGAGAGGUAGCCCGUCCACCUAUGGCGGGCCGAUGAAUAUGGCGUAACAGUUGACACAGCAAUAAAUGUUUCAUGUGUAUGCCCUCAUGCGCCGUUGUGGGAAUUUCUUUAGAGCACAUUUCCAGGCUCCAUAGGUGUUGGACAUCGUGUAUAUGUCUGGGGGGCCUCCUAAGAUAAGGUUACUGAUCUCCAAUAUCACUGAGUUUGUCCUUGCCUUUUGGUUAAUGCGCCUUGAAACUGUCUUAUAGAGCAGCAGAGUUGAGGUUUCAGCUGGAUGACUUGCCAAAGGUGGCACCCAUGUGGGGACGGUUCCUGCCACGGAAGCACCUCCCUCUCAGGUAAGUCUGUUAGCAAAGUCUAGAAGCGAAAUGAGCCAAUGGGGCAGCUUUUUUGGGACAGCUGAGGUAUACGCAAUAAAUGUCAAAGGCGGAACCUAAGGAACAUUGAGAACAAAAUAACGUGUUCCUUGAGAAUGACACAGGGCGAGAGUCAAGUCUACCACCAGAGUAUCAUCUCUUCUCAGACAGAAACGGAAGGUUUUCCUAGGCUGUCUCUCAGCUUUGGUUCCCAGUGACCUCACUACACGACUGCUAUUCAGUCGAUGCUCUUUCUCUAAAAGAACACUCCUGGUUCCCUGCUCAUCACGGCCAGAUUAGGCGGCGCUGACACUGAUCCAGUGAGAGCUGGCUGUGGCGGAGAGAUGAAGCCAACCCUAUAAUCUGCCCACAAAAAAAAGGGUUGCAAUUUAGAGGUCACUGAAGACCAAACCCUGCAGCUUCAGGAGUGGCGUGACGGGAUCAACCACAGGGCACCAACCUGUGAUCCGGAGUGGAACUUGGAGGAAUUCUGUUUCAACCUCUGACCAUUCCUCCAGCUUCCGUUUUUUUCUGAGUUGGAGCAGCAGUCUGAACUACUGCAGCCUCUCAGUUGGAGGUGGUCAUCCAGGAGACAUCCUGACUAGAUGCCUGAGCCACCUUUAUUGACGCCUCAACACCUCCAGGAUGACAAAGCAUCAGCCCUGUCUUGAAGGGUCCAGCCUCCACAAUUU